AAACCUGAACACCUUCCCCGGUGAUCCUGGUUUCCGUAGUUUUUGGUGUACUACCCUGAGGUUCAGCAAUCCUGUCGCUGCAUGGUAACGCAUUCUGGCGUUUGUUUGCAGAUCGUUCAAUAUUUGCUCUUCACGUGCGCAACUCCACUGUCAUAAAACCCUAACCCAACGGCGAAAUCCCAACAUAAAUACUACAAUAUUAACUCUAUUUACAGACAAGGUCUUGCUCUCUCGGCCUCUCACAGAGCCACGUCUCCGUCUGUCCGCGAUGUCCUGGAAAUUUACCGCGCUUUAUGUGGUCGUGUCAUUCCGCCCCUUCGUCUGUAUGUACGUGUUGUCGCUCUUCGUCUGCCUUCACUGUUGAACGUUGUGAGGUAGACUCAAAUGACCCAUGUGCUGUUUCGUCCUCUCUGCAUCCACUGCCACAGCCAUAUUCGUGAAAGCAGUCGUCUCGGGCGAGGUCGGAACUACACGCAGAGAUCCGCAACGCCAUCGCCGAAUUCCUCAUCCCUCUCAUGGAAGAGGAGGCAUCCACGAACAACCCGAUGACCGGCGCGGACCUCCUCCGUGGCGUCCGCGAGCGGAUAAUGGACGUCGACCCCGAGUCGGAGGAACUGACCGGCCUGAUGUCCCGCAUCGUGUGGCGCUUUACCAAGGCGCACCAAGCUUCCACUCGCAAGGACCUCACCUUGGGGUACCUCUUGGGACCGGAGAGACUGAAGGAAGACUGCCUUUGACAGGUGACGAAAUUGUUGUCACUCCCGCAUUGCUGCACGCAGCUAACGACAUCGCGGCCCUUCCGGUCAACGAGAUCGGCACCCACGAGACAAUUGUCUGCAAGGUCACCCGGAAGUCGAGAGCCUGGAUCAAGCUAUCUGCCGGCGGCUUUGGUUCCGCCAACGCCCGGGCCAUCCAAGAGAGCCUAUGGUACAACUUGUUCCAGUUCAUGACUGGACCGCGACGCUGCACGGCGGCGAUCCUUACCAUCCCCAGCUCCGACUUCCACAAGCCGGAGAUCAUGCGCUUCCUCGCCCCCUACUACGUCGAGAAGGACAGCCUCGUUGUGCCGGAGACCCUGGCGGCAGACGUUUACGUCCAGGAUGAUGAUCUUGAAGCAACAGGGUUUUCGCACGAUUGA